AUGCACAUCUUUACAACAACAGCAACUUUGGUUAUGGUUGCCUUUGGUAAUUAUGCAGAUACCGAUUGGUUACAACAACAUCGUGAUACCAUUUUAUCACCCAAGGGAUACAUUCCCGAUCUCGAUGAACUCAAAUUGGCCAUUUUUAUCAAGAGACAAGUGCCCGUGGUGCUGAAUAACUUGGUGCGAGCUAUUCAAGGACGACAUACAUCUAUGGGUGAAUACAAGCCAAAAUUCCUCAAGAUGGAAAUUACUUUGGGCAAGAGUCAAGGCAUUUUGAUGAUACCUCUUGGAACCUUUGGGAAUUGGGCAUCAAAAAAGGGAAGGGACCAAUUGACCAACAAGUUAUGGAAGAUGAUGGAUGCUGGUCAACCAAUUUAG